AUGGGAAAACGAUGUCAAAAUCAAGCACAUCGUGCUUUGGAAUUAUUAGAAGAUUAUCAUUCGAAAUUGACGAGGCCUCAGGAUAAACAGCUAAGAUUAGCCAUCGAGAGAGUUAUUAGAAUAUUCAAAUCUCGACUUUUUCAAGCUUUGUUAGAUAUUCAAGAAUUUUACGAACUAACAUUACUCGACGAUACGAAAUCGAUUCAGCAAAAAACUGCGGAAACGAUACGAAUAGCGAAUAAAUGGGAAGCUAACGAAGGACCCAUAACGACUACAUUUAAAAAUGACGUCAGAAGAAGAAGAGUUUAG